CACACACAUCAGUAUCCAUUCAGGAAGAAGCCCGUCUGAUUAGCCUAGCCUCCCUGGAUCGUUAAAAGGUUUUUUUUUAGUGGGAAAAAUGGCGUCGGUCAAUCCGUUUGAUGUCAGUGAUUCCGAGGAAGAAGCGGAGCGACGUCCUAAUGAGACGGUUGACACGGAACGACGCCCGAGCGAGGGGGCGCCAGGGCCACCGCCAGGCAAUCCCUUCUCGCCGCCUGCAGACGCCGAGCCUCCGACGCUGCUGCUGUCCAGCAACCGGACGAGCCCCAGCGGGGAGGGCACCGCGGCAUCGGCCGUGGCCACAUCCGCAAUGGCAGGCGGUGCCGAGACGCGGGUGUCCGUGGACCUGAUAGCCGCUCAGCUGUUACGGGACCAGUACAUCCUCACGGCCCUGGAGUUUCACACGGAACUGCUGGAAGCAGGCAGGGAGCUCCCGCGGCUCAGGGAUUAUUUCUCCAACCCUGGCAACUUCGAGCGACAAAGCGGCACCCCACCUGCCAAGGACCAGGCGCUCGGACCUGGAGGACCACUGAACCGAGUGGGCAGCAUCAGCACCUUGGACUCUCUGGACUUUGCACGGUACUCGGAUGACGGCAACCGGGAGUCAGACGAACGGGUGGCAGUGCUGGAGUUUGAGCUACGGAAAGCACGGGAGACCAUUCAGGCUCUGCGCGCCAACUUGACUCAGGCAGCAGAGAGCGAAGUGCCGUCUCAGGAGAGGAAAAACUUCAAGUCGAGUCCUGAAAUCCAGGAGCCCAUACGCCCCCUGGAAAAAAGAGCCUUAAACUUUCUUGUGAAUGAAUAUUUAUUAAAAAAUGAAUACAAACUCUCGUCCAUCACCUUCUCCGAUGAAAAUGAUGAUCAGGACUUCGAACUGUGGGACGACGUCGGCCUCAACAUCCCCAAACCCCCCGACCUGCUGCAGCUCUACAGGAACGGCGGCAGCUCGCUCUCCUCGCCCAGAGACAAGGCGGAUGCGUCGGUCGGGGUGGCUUUCGGUGAUCUUCCAGGAAACUGCAUUGGCCGAGAGCCGCUAAAGAAGCCUGACCUGUCGCAGCAGCAACAGUCAGAAGUUGUGCAAGAACUGGAGUACCAGCUGAACCUCCUGAACAGCGAGAAGCAGAGCCUCGCAGAGCAGAUCAAGAAACUGCAGAGUGAGAUUCAGACGCUGAAAAAGAGCGUCUCCUCUCCGCACCCGGCCUCUCUGGAGCUGCGCUCCCAGAAUUCCCCGAACCUCUCCUCCUCUGUGCCUUCUUUAGAUAACGGUCAGUACCUAGACGUCCGAGGGGUGUCGGAGGCCGAAAACGACCUCGCCUCGCCCGCCGCCCAGAACACAUCACAGCCCCAACAGCCGACCUGCAACAAAGUUACAGGUCAACCGCGUGUCCAGUUUGAUCAGCCCAACAGGAAGCUGUCCCCGGCCUUCCAGCAAGCCUUGCUGUCUUUCUGCAGAAUGUGCUCGGAGAGUCGACUCGGAGCAGAGGUGUCUCGCAUAGCAGACAGCGAGGAGAGCGUGAUGCUGAUGCUGGGUCGCUGUCUCCCUCACAUCGUCCCCAACGUCCUGCUCGCUAAACGAGAGAGAAUGGUUUCACAUCUUUGCCAGGAGCUGAUUCCCCUCAUAUUGUGCACUGCAUGUCUUCACCCGGAGCCUAAAGAGAGGGACCAGCUCCUCCACAUCCUCUUUAACCUGAUCAAGAGACCGGACGAUGAGCAGAGACAAAUGAUCCUGACGGGCUGCGUCGCGUUCGCUAGACAUGUGGGUCCCACUCGGGUCGAAGCGGAGCUGCUUCCUCAGUGUUGGGAGCAGAUUAACCACAAAUACCCUGAAAGGAGGCUGUUGGUGGCUGAAGCCUGUGGAGCCUUAGCACCUUACCUGCCUAAGGAAAUUCGUAGCUCCUUGGUGUUGUCUAUGUUGCAACAGAUGCUUGCUGAGGACAAGGCUGACAUGGUCAGAGAGGCUGUGGUCAAAAGUUUGGCCAUUAUAAUGGGGUACAUUGACGACUCUGACAAGUACGCUCAGGGAUUUGAGUUAAUGCUCCUCUCCCUCGGGGACCCGUCAGAGCGGGUGGUCAAUGCAGUCCACCAGGUUUUCAUCCCUGCCUUCGCUGCCUGGACCACAGAGCUUGGCACCCUGCACACUGCACUCAUUCCUUCUCUGCUGGCUCGUAUAGAGAAACUGCUCACACAGGGAGAACAUGGUCUGGACGAACACAAGCUGCACGUUUUUCUGUCGGCUCUUCAGUCCCUUAUCCCACCUCUGUUUGCCGUGGUGCUGCAGAACGCACCCUUCACCAGCAGAGCCAAACCCCACGAAGACAUACCCUCAAUAGAAGUGACCCGGUUCCCAAGGCCAGCCUCUCCUCUCCAGGACAUGGCUAUCAUCAUCGGAAGCAGAGAGCUGCUUAGCUCGCUGCUGCUCCUCUAUGACCACCAGCUAGAGCAUGAGGGAACCACUGGCUGGGAAAGCCUCCUGUGGGUGGUCAACCAGCUCCUUCCUCAACUCAUAGACAUCGUGGGUCGCAUCAAUGUGACCUCCUCAACCUGUGUUCACGAGUUCUCUCGCUUUUUCUGGAGGUUUUGUCGCACGUUUGGCAAAAUCUUUACCAACACUAAGGUGAAACCACAGUUCCAGGAGAUUCUCAGACUUUCUGAAGAAAACGUUGAUGCCUCAGCAGGAAAUGGUAUACUGACCAAAGCCACAGUCCCAAUCUAUGCCACUGGAGUGCUGACUUGUUACAAUCAGGAGGAAGAUCGCAAGCUGCUGGUGGGUUUCCUGGAGGAUGUGAUGACAACUCUGUCUCUGUCUCACGCUCCUCUCGACAGCUUGAAGGCCUCCUUUGUAGAACUGGGUGCCAACCCGGUGUAUCAUGAGCUGCUGCUGACCGUCUUAUGGUACGGAGUGGUCCAUACGUCUGCUCUGGUCCGGUGUACGGCAGCACGGAUGUUUGAGUUGGUUCUCCGAGGCAUGAGUGAAGCAUUAGUUGACCGCCGGGCGGCUCCAGCCCUAAUAACACUGUGCAGUGGGCCUGAAUUAUCAGUUAGGAUUGCCACUAUUCCUGCCUUUGGCACCAUCAUGGAGACUGUCACGCAGAAAGAGCUACUAGAGCGAGUGAAAAUGCAACUGGCCUCGUUCCUUGAAGACCCGCAGUACCAGGAUCAGCACUCUUUGCACAUGGAGAUCAUCCGGACGUUUGGAAGAGUCGGGCCUAACGCAGAGCCGCGCUUCAGAGACGACUUUGUUCUCCCACACCUUCAUAAGCUCGCAUUAGCCAACAACAGCCAGACGGUGGAAAGCAAGAGGAUUGACAUCGCCAUCCACCUAUUUGAAGCCUACAGUGCCCUUUCCUGCUGCUUCAUUUCUGAGGAGGUUAUGGUCAACCACUUCCUGCCAGGCCUCAGGUGUCUGCACGCCGACAUGGAGCAACUGUCUCCGGAGCACGAGGUGAUUCUAGGUUCUAUGAUCAAGGAGUGUGAAAUAAAGGUGGAAAACAGAGGAAUUAGUGACGCACAAGGAUCUAUUUCUAUCGCAUCCAGUUUGGUGGGUGAAGAUGCCAAGACCAAGUUUCUGAGCAAGAUGGGUCAGCUGACCACAUCUGGAGCCAUGCUGGCCAACGUCUUCCAGAGGAAGAAGUAACUGACCGACGAGGCGUCGCGAUAAACUGACGAGCUCCCCCUGUCGUCUGCGGGAACAUUUCAUUUUAGUGACAAAAGCUCCGGUUCAGCCCAAAGUGGGAAUGCAGUUCGGUUGUUAAAUCGAAUGAACGAUGAGGCGCGAAAAUUACUGCUGCAGAGAGAAGUACCAUGAUGUUCGGAGGGGAGUCUGUUUUUCAGAGAAAGCCUGUGAAGUUUUUCCCUUUUUUUUGUUUUCUUCAACUUUGUUUCUCCCUCGUACUUUAUCGCCACAUAAGCAAUGUCAACAAAAAUGGGAUCUGGCUUAAUUUUUUUCCAGUGUUAAUGUUUUUAUUUCAGACAAAGAGGCAGCGGGGGAGGAAAAAAAAACAAACACUAUCGAUAUGCACGCAAAGUGAUGACAAGGAACUUGUAACUUGACAUUUCUGAACCUGUAACCGUCCCAGAAUUGGGUUUAAUUUAAGACUUUUUGAAGUCAUCCACUCCAGGAAUCAUAGCUUAUCCCGCAGGUUUUCAAGAAGAACCUUAAAGGGCGCCAUUUUGGGUUAAAAGUUUUUUGUUUUUUUAAAUAAAAAAGCGGUGUGUAAACUUGAAUUAUUUGGGAAUUCCAGCAAAGGUUUGAACUACAAGGCUGAGUGAAACGACUUGUACAGUGUGUCUGUACUUCCUAGAAGUGUCGCCUACUUGAAACUAUAAACAUUUUGUCUUGCCUUUAUUUGUUUAAGGUCUGUAUUUUCUUAUUUCUUAUUUAUGUCUUAAUGAAGGAAAAACAAACUUUAUUCCGACUUCCAAAGAAAUUUGCACUUCACUUUACUUUUUUUUUUUUUUUUUUUUUGUUCUUUAUACUGCAUUUUGUUGCUGUUUUUAAUGCAGAUUCUUAUACAUAAUGAAGAUCACUACUUACAUGUUCCCUCAUUCACUCUGACAAUGUAAUGUCAAAGCAAACACUGGUCUUAAUUAUACCUUCUCUGGCCGUUGCAUCUUGUCUGUGUUGCCGUGUUUCUGAUUGUAUUAUUAUUUUUUUUUGGGGGGUUUUAACGUCCGUUUCGGAGAUGCUCGACGAGAAACAGCAAACAUCUGUAUCAUACACUGACCCGAGGAGGACGGUACUCUAUGUAAAUUUGAAAUUUGUGUCAUGAUGUAAUAAAUGAUGGAUUGGUUGUGUA